AUGGUUAAAUUAAAUACAGAUACAAAUGCAAUAAAUAUAAAUCAACAAAAUCAAUUACAAUCUGCUUUAAAACCUCCAAUAAAACAAUCAAAUAAUACUAUGACAGAAAAAUCUACAAAUGAAAAUGAUACAGAAUUUAAUAAUCAACAAACAAAUGAUUAUGAAGAUGAUGAUAUACGUAUAAUUAAUGAACAUGUUCAUGAUUAUUAUUAUGCAGUUAGAAUUUUACCUGGUCAAAAUCCACGUUCAGUAUUUAUUGGUUGGAUAACAUCAAGAUUUAAAUCAGUAAAUCGACACUAUGAUACAACAGUAAAUAAAUUAACUAAACUUAUUCGACAUUGUACAAUAACACAAACUGAAGAUGAUGGUUCAAUUGUUGAAAGUAUUACACGACAAGAUGCUUAUAUGUUUUGUGCAGCUGAUUUAUUAGAUAAUAUAAUUGAUAAAGAAAAAGUUACGAGACAUGUUGUUAAUGGUUUAUUAAUUGGAUGUUUAUGUGAUGUAUCAACUGGACAAUUUACAUUUUAUGUUAAUGGAAAAGAAUCAACACAAAAAUUUCAAGUUGAACCAAAUACUAAACUUUAUCCAGCUGUAUUUGUUGAACCAACAGUUAAAGAAGUAUUACAAUUUGAAUUAGGACGUAUCAAAAAUUGUUUACCAUUAACUGCUGCUCUAUUUCCAAGUUUAAUUCGUGAAGAACGUUUUAUUCCUCAAUUACCAUCUCGUUUACAUUUACAAUCUCUUGUUCAUUGUCAUUGGUCACGUGUACCAAAUACAAAUAUUCGUUGUCAACAAUUAAAAUUAUCUGAUAUUCGUGGAUGGAGUGUAUUUGUUGAAGAUCCUGUUCAAAUGCAAGCAGUUUAUAUUCCUGAAGAAGAUCAAUGUACAGAUAUUUUAAGUUUAGUUGAAAGUGAAGAUAUUUUAAAUUUUUGUUCGAAUACAUUAAGAUUAUAUAAUGCAUUAUGUGCUCAAGGUAAUAAUCGUGUAUCACAUGAAAUAUGUAAAUUUGUUGAUGAAAAACAAUUGAUGUAUUGUGUAAAAAAUGCUUAUUUAUGUGGACCUAUUCGAAUUGGUGUUUAUGAUUUACUUAUUGCUUUACAUUUUGAAACACAUAUUAAAGCGAGAAGUUUAACUUCAACAGAAUUUAUUAUUCCAUUAUCGGAUGCACUUCAAAAAAGUGUUUUAUUACAUCCAAAAAUUUCAAUUGAACAACAACAAAUAUUGUCAACAUCAACAUAUAUACCAGCUAUGGAACAGUUUUUAGCUGUACGACCUAAAUUAAUUAAAGAUGAAGAGUAUGUCAAUGAUAACUAA